AUAACCGAGGCCAGUGAAUCAAAUACAAAUGGUUUUAUACAAUAUACAAUGUACUUCAGAGGAGAAAUCAUUGACUUGAGUUGAUCUAUCUAUCCAGUGUACCUCCGUGUACCUCAUUUAUACAGUGUACUGUGCCAAGAUCUCAGUGGACUUUACAGAUAAAAUUGAAAUAAUAGUAGUCAGAUUAAAAAUUCGAUUAGUUGCAAUUUAUUAUUGAUGGAUAAACAAGUCAGUGUUUUACUGAUCUUUUAUAUAUUAAGCUGUUCAAUAGCUAGUAUACCUGCAUUAGGUGCCAUGAGUGAGAGGGGCAAUAUUGUUAAGGAAGGUUGGCUCUGGUUACGAGGUGAAUACGGUAAGAACUUUAAGCCACGUUACUUUAUCUUAAUGGAUGAUGGUCCAUUCAAAGGAUUCAUUGACGUCCAAGCCAGCCUAACUCAAAAACCUCUGAUUAAUUUCUUCGUUGAAGAAUACAAGAUUGAGAGGACUGAAAAAUUCAGAGCAAAUACAUUUAUCAUGCGUACGUUUCAACAAAACAUGAUUAUUGAGCGCAUUUUUUCUGUUGAGUCCGCUACAGAGAGGGAGUCCUGGGUCGAAACACUUCUGUCUGUUUCACGGAAGGUGAGAGAGUUAGAAAAUGAAGGUAGAGGGAAACAACCCGUCGACGAAUCACAACUUUUCCCAAAAGAACUCUUCGACGAGUAACUCCUUUUCCCACAAAAGGUCGAAAAAUAAAAUACACCAACGUCAAGGAAAAUGGGAAACAUUGAGUGGUCUUGAAGCAGAUGUGAACAAUCGAAUUUUUAAAUAUGUCAUAAGGACUGAGUCCCUUGGAGCAGAAAUGCCUUUAUUUAGUUCUAUGAAAUAUGAAAACUUAUUUGAGAACAGUCUCUAUUAAAGUCUAUAACAAUUACUUAAUCUGAUUUUUUAAUGAUGUCUUUGGAAAUGCGAUAUGGUAUUUUGUAAUUUGUUUAGCAAACUAAUGAAUAGAAUAUACGACUAACAUUAUAAUAAUGUCUGUUAUGUUUCUUUUUGAGGAAUAUAAUAAUGCCAACGCUUU